GUCGAUGCCCAUGGCUCUCAUGUCUCGCUUGCAGACAUCUCUGUAAGUUAGUCUUGGGCGGCCCUUGGGUCUGGCUCCCUCUGCUAGCUCAGCGUACAGGAUGUCUUUAGGGAUUCUUCCAUCUGGCAUGCGAGUGACAUGACCGAGCCAGCGUAGUCUUCUCUGUUGAAGGAGAGCAUAGAUGCUGUGUAUGUUGGCCCGUGUCAAAACUUCCUGGUUGGUGACACGAUCCCUCCAGGAGAUGCACAGUAUGCGUCGCAGGAGCGUAGGUGGAAGCUAUUUAAUCUGUGCUCUUGACGCAUGUAAGUUGCCCAGCUCUCACUGCCAUAGAGAAGUGUGCUAAGAAUGCAGGCAUUGUAGACAAGGAUUUUUGUUGCCGUGAUCAAUUUGGUAUUUUCCCACACACGCUUAGAGAGUUUUGCCAUUGCUGCAGAAGCCUUCCCUAUUCUUUUGGUCAACUCAGUGUCUAAGUUUAGGUUGCUGGCUAUUGUUGUUCCCAAGUAUGUAAAUUCCUGCACCACUGUAAGUGUGUGAUUUCCAAUGUGUAUCACUGGUAUUUCUGCAACAUCUUGUGCCAUGAUUUCAGUCUUGGAGAGGCUAAUUGUGAGGCCAAAAUCUUGACAAGCAGCUGCCAGUGCAUUCACAAGCCUCUGUAAUCCUUCUUGUGAAUGAGAUAUUAGUGCGGCAUCGUCUGCGAACAGCAGUUCUCUAAUCAAGAUACGCCGUCUCUUCGUUUUGGCUUUAAGGCGUGCCAGAUUAAAUAGCUUUCCAUCGGAUCUACUGUGGAUAUAGAUAUAUAUUCCAUCUUCCAGGGAUUUGAAUGCGCUGGUGAGUACAACUGAAAAGAAGAUGCCGAAUAGUGUAUAUAUAGAGUGUUUUAUGGGUCAGUGAUAGCCUAAUAUUAUAUCAAAUUAAUUUCGAAAUUUUUGUUCAAAGAUAUCGCAUUUUUGUUUCUAAACUUGUAUAGCAUCUGGAUCUAUUCUAGAUUUCUAAUCUGGCAUCUGGUCUUGAUCUAGAGUAGAUCUAUCUCUAGAUCUUCUAGAAACAGAUCUAAAUUAUUGAGAGGUUAGAUCUACAUUAGAACUCUAGAAAAGAGUAAGUCUACAUCUAGACUCUAGAAAUCUAUGUAAAAUGAGUUCGUUUUGCGGCCAGCUAAACGAAUAUAAAAAUAUCGCUAUAGACAGAUUUGAUGGUAAGAAUCUACAAUGUUCAGCAUUCUUUUUAUCACACUGCCAUUCAGAUCACAUGGUAGGCUUAAAGAGUAUACCAUUCUUAAAGCAUCUUCAGUCAAGCAAAGAUGUUUAUUUAUAUUGCUCAAAAGUGACAAAGAUAUUACUACUUGCUGAUGAAGAAUGUAGGCCUUUAGAAAAAUAUAUGCAAAUUCUAGAAAUUGGUUUGGCUAAUCUAGUAAAAGUACCAAGUACUAAUCAUUCAGAGGAAUACUACGUAAAUGUAACAUUGAUACCUGCAGGUCAUUGUCCAGGAUCUGUUAUGUUUUUGUUUGAGGGCAAGGACGGUACAGCAUUGUAUACUGGUGAUUUCUGUUGGGAAGUGGGGCAAGCAUCCAAAGUUUUGGCAUUCCAGUCUGAAAAAAGUUUAAAGAAAAUAGAUUCAGUCUAUGUUGAUACAACAUUCUGUAUAGCUGAAGCUUACAACAUUCCAAGUCGCUCAGAAUGUGUAGAUUUGACAAUACCAAUAGUCUCAGACUGGUUGAGUCUUUCAUCAUCACAUGUUGUUGUCAUCAUCUGUCCUGCCAAAUAUGGUUAUGAAUAUUUGUUCAAGAAACUUGCACAGCAGCUGGAUACAAAAGUACAUGUCCCGGACUGGAAAGUUGACAUUUAUGAUCAGAUUCCAGAUUUAGCUGGAUACUUUACUUCUGAUCCUUUACUGUCUAGAAUACAUGCUUGUAAAUUUUAUACCCAGAAAUUGUCCAGAAGUACAUUACCAUGCUCCCCUACAGCUCAUGAUAGCAAACAGUAUCAAGUUUUAAACAUAAAACCUUCGACAAUGUGGUUCACGGCUCAGAAGAAAUCUUCAACUAGUCAAGGACAUGUUGGUGUCACAGCAGUCAAUCCUAAAGGCCUGAAUAGAAUCUGUUACACCAUGCACUCUUCAUACAGAGAAAUACGAGAUUUGAUUAGUUUUCUUCAACCAAAAUCUGUGCUUCCUAGUGUUUUACCAUUUUCAGAUGAAUGCUGGGAUAUAGUUCAGGAGCGACUCAAGAGUUUUCUUUCCUUCCCAAAUAAAGAGAGGAAUAAAUUCAUACAAACUGUGACAACUAAUAAUGUAUUAGGAACUUUACGAAAAAUCAAAUCCUCGGCGCUGAAGCCUAAUCAACAUCAUUCAGUUUAAUGACCAGGAACAGAGGGCAUGAUAAAAAACUUGACUAGUGAAAACCAGAUGGUAUAAAGUUGGUUCAAGAUCCUCCAAUAGGCUGACAAGGCUUUACUAAGACAUUAAACGUUCAGUUUAACUAUAGCAGUAAAAGUGAUGACAAUACAAUUAAGUUUGUUUAAAAUUUAUUCUGCUUUAAAUGGCAAUAUUAAUUGUAAGUGAAAUAGACGACAUAUGUGCUUUCAUUAUAAACAAAUGCAAAGUAUUAUAGUUGUAACUUUAUUAUCCUCUCUUUUGACUCUUCAAUAAUGUCUCUGUCACUCUUCUCUUCUUUCAUGAGCUUCAAAUCAUUUGUUUUCAUAAAACACAAAGAGCCCAGUCUUUACUAUUAAGGAAACUAAAUACAAGUUUGUAAAUCACUACUAUGUUCUAGAAUUUAUUUAAAAAAAAAAAGGGGUAAUUGAAAUUAUUUUACCAGCCAUAUCUUGGUUAUUAAUAUCACACGU